AUGGGUAGGUCACCAUGCUGUGAGAAGGUGGGGUUGAAAAAAGGGCCAUGGACUCCGGAGGAAGACCAAAAGCUCAUGGCUUAUAUUGAACAAUUUGGCCAUGGAAGCUGGCGUGCAUUGCCUGCUAAAGCUGGCCUUCAAAGAUGUGGGAAGAGCUGCAGACUGAGGUGGACUAACUACCUCCGACCUGAUAUAAAAAGAGGAAAGUUCAACUUGCAGGAAGAGCAAACCAUUAUUCAACUUCAUGCCCUUCUUGGAAACAGGUGGUCAGCAAUAGCGGCUCAACUGCCCAAAAGAACCGACAAUGAGAUCAAGAACUAUUGGAACACACACCUCAAGAAAAGGCUAACAAGAAUGGGGAUAGACCCUGCAACCCACAAACCAAAAACCGAUGUCCUUGGUGGCUCCGGGAGCUGCCAAUCAAAUGAUGCAGCCAACUUGAGCCACAUGGCUCAGUGGGAGAGUGCUCGUCUCGAAGCUGAAGCUAGAUUGGUCAGAGAAUCCAAGUUGCAAGUUCAGAACCAGCUUGGAUCCUCUUCCUCAUCACCAUCACCAUCAUCAUCAACAACAACAACAAAAGACAACAACAACAACAAGAUGAUGAUGCAAACCAUGUACGCCAUGAUGCUAUCCACUCAUGACAGCCUCGAGUCUCCAACGUCCACUUUGAGCUUCCCUGGAAGUACUACUCUGCUUCCUAUCUCAACCACCACCAACACCAACACAAACACCAACACCAACACCAUUGGAUUAUUCAAUGAAAAUUUACUUCCUCUCAACACCACUAAUGCCAUGAUGGAUCAGUUUAUGAAAAGUAGUUCAGCCACAUGUGAGAGUAGUAGUGAGCAAUGGAAGUAUUUAACUAAGCAGAACCAAGAAGCAGAGGUAGGUGAAAGGAGAAUGGACAACACAAUAAUGUUGAACUUGCAAGACGACGAUGACAUCAUGACGGCUGUGGAAGCAUUUAGAUCAUGUGCAAGUUACGACAAUAAUAAUAUUGUUGUUCCUAGCACUGUCCUCGUCCAAGAAGGCCUCAAUAAUAAUAAUACUGAAGAAAACUUGGCUAUCAUCAACGGGAAUGGAAGUUUCUGUAACGUGAACCUCGAUGAGAAUAAGCAUUACUGGGAUACCAUACUUAAUUUGGUGAAUGAUUCACUCUCUGGUUCCUCUGUCUUCUGA